AUGAGUUCCACUACCGAGCAAACCUUCAUCGCUAUCAAGCCCGAUGGUGUUCAGCGUGGUCUGAUCGCUCCCAUCAUCAGCCGCUUCGAGAACCGAGGCUUCAAGCUGGUCGCCAUCAACCUCGUCAUGCCUUCCAAGGACCAUUUGGAGACACACUAUGCCGACUUGAAGAGCAAACCCUUCUUCCCUGGUCUUGUCAAGUACAUGUCAUCUGGACCCAUCUGUGCCAUGGUCUGGGAGGGCCGUGAUGCUGUGAAGACUGGCCGCACUCUCCUCGGCGCCACCAACCCCCUGGCUUCUGCUCCCGGAACCAUCCGUGGUGACUACGCCCUCGACGUUGGCCGCAACGUCUGCCACGGUUCCGACUCGGUUGAGAACGCCAAAAAAGAGAUCAAGUUGUGGUUCCCCAACGGCACCACCGCGUGGAAUUCUGUUCAGCACAACUGGGUGUUCGAGGAGUAG